GUUCGCGUAAGGACGGAGGCACGGAACUGUGGGGACGACGAAGGAUCGGGGACGAAGGAGAAAGAUGGAAAUUUAGCAGCGGCUGUCAGGCUGUGUUUUAAUUUCAGAAAAAGUGCAAUUAUAUCUUGGUUGAUCACAAAGCGAAGGUUAUAUGAGGAGUCGCAGAGGAAGUGCUCCAGUCACAGAAAGGUAGCGAAUGUAGGGAGAGCUGGGGAGGGCUGUCGCUGCUGGGUUUUUUUUGGAGAGGGAAAACAACAUGGCUGCAGUGGAGCUCGAAUGGAUCCCAGAAACACUAUAUAAUACCGCUAUCUCGGCUGUGGUGGACAACUACAGUCGGUCGAGAAGGGACAUACGCUCGCUUCCAGAAAAUAUACAGUUCGAUGUCUACUAUAAGCUUUACCAGCAGGGCCGGCUCUGCCAGCUGGGAGGGGAGUUUUGUGAGCUGGAGGUCUUUGCUAAAGUCCUACGAGCCUCAGACAAAAGACACCUCCUGCACCACUGCUUCCAAGCUCUGAUGGACCAUGGUGUGAAGGUGGCCUCAGUGCUGGCAAAUUCCUUCAGCCGCCGUUGCUCAUACAUUGCUGAGUCUGAUGCCCACGUCAAAGAGAAGGCUAUCCAGUUUGGCUUUGUGCUAGGUGGCUUCUUGUCUGAUGCGGGCUGGUAUGGAGAUGCAGAGAAGGUGUUCUUGUCGUGCCUGCAGCUGUGCACUCUCCACAACGAAGUCCUACAUUGGUACCGAGCUGUGGAGUGCUGUGUCAGGCUGCUUCAUGUCCGCAAUGGUAAUUGCAAGUACCACCUGGGGGAGGAGACCUUCAAGUUGGCUCAGUCUUACAUGGACAAACUAGCCAAACAUGGCCACCAGGCCAACAAGGCAGCGCUGUACGGCGAGCUUUGUGCCUUGCUCUUCGCCAAAAGCCACUAUGAUGAGGCAUAUAGGUGGUGUAUAGAAGCUAUGAAGGAAAUUACACCAGGGCUGCCUGUCAAAGUGGUGGUGGACGUCCUCCGACAAGCCUCCAAGGCCUGUGUGGUUAAGAGAGAGUUCAGAAAAGCAGAGCAGCUGAUCAAACAUGCAGUGUUUCUAGCGAGAGAACAUUUUGGACACAAGCAUCCCAAAUAUUCUGACACGCUGCUAGAUUAUGGGUUUUACUUACUAAAUGUAGACAACAUAUGCCAAUCAGUUGCCAUUUACCAGACGGCCCUGGACAUCCGACAGUCUGUGUUUGGGGGAAAGAACAUCCAUGUUGCCACAGCUCAUGAAGACCUGGCCUACUCCUCCUAUGUGCACCAGUACAGCUCUGGGAAAUUUGACAAUGCCCUAUUCCAUGCAGAACGUGCCAUAGACAUCAUAACUCACAUUCUCCCAGAGGACCAUCUACUGCUAGCCUCCUCCAAGAGGGUCAAAGCCCUGAUCCUGGAGGAAAUCGCCAUAGACUGCCACAAUAAGGAGACAGAGGAGCGUCUGCUGCAGGAGGCGCAUGACCUACACCUCUCCUCGCUGCAGCUGGCUAAGAAGGCCUUUGGAGAGUUUAAUGUACAGACGGCCAAGCACUAUGGCAACCUGGGACGGCUUUACCAGUCUAUGAGAAAGUUCAAGGAGGCAGAGGAAAUGCACAUCAAGGCUAUUCAGAUCAAGGAGCAGCUUCUGGGCCAGGAGGACUAUGAGGUUGCUCUGUCUGUGGGUCAUCUGGCCUCCCUCUACAACUACGACAUGAACCAGUAUGAGGACGCAGAGAGGCUCUACUUGCGCUCCAUUGCUAUCGGGAAGAAGCUGUUUGGAGAGGGUUACAGCGGCCUGGAGUACGACUACCGAGGCCUGAUCAAACUCUACAACUCAGUGGGCAACUACGAGAAAGUGUUUGAAUACCACAACGUAUUGUCAAACUGGAAUCGGCUGAGGGACCGGCAGUUUGCCGUUGCCGAUGCCCUGGAGGACGUCAACACUACGCCCCAGCAGACCCAGGAAGUUGUACAGGCCUUCCUAUUGGCCCAGAGCCUGGGCCCCACCCGCCCCUGCCUUGGUUGAUUUAUGAGGGAAGAGAGAAAAGACAUGUGGGCUUCAUUUAGGGCAGUGAGGGAAAGGACAUGAAAUAAGCCCAAACAUGAUGUUUAAGAAUUCACACACAGUUAAUUAGUAAUACACAUUAAAUUCAAACGUCACUGGCAUGUCAUUUGGCUGCAUAUUUCUAUAGUCACUACAGCUGCCAGUACACACACACACACACACACACACACACACACACACACACACACAGAUGCACACACUUAGCUACGGAAUGAAGAACUAGAGAAUACACAUUUAUGAACCCCCUCAUCGACACACACGACCACCGUGAUUGAGCCUCCUGGAAUGGAUGCAUUCACUGGCUUCUCACCCCACAGAAGAGACUAUUCAAAGACUACUCAAAGAGAAAGGGGACAAAAUGACUGAGGAGAAAAGAAGAAAAAAAGUUAAAUCCUUUAAGGAUGACUCUCCUUUUGUCUUGUCUUGCUCACCUUUUUCUUUCAGGUUGGAUUUGGAUGACUUUUGUUUUUGUAUUUGAACCAGUGUAGCUCUGAAUGCCAUGAGACUCAGCACGGAUCAAACCAUGUUUGCCACGGCCCUCUUAUUUACAUAACAGUAUGUGGACCACACAAGACUGCACACACAUCUGAUAGAUGUGUUUUGACCCACGUCCAUCAGCAUCACCACUUGGGUUGGUUGAGAGAUGGAAAUUGCGUCAUCUUUUUGUCAGUUGUACAGUUAAACAAUACAAGUUAAAUGCAGGUUGUUCAUUGCAUAGAGAACAUCACUUAAGUUUCAUUUGAUGGCUAAACUUAGUUUACUUUUGCAAGAAAUGGAAGUUCAUCAUGACGUUGGUCAUUGGACCCUAUGGAGACAUGAAUUAUUAUUAAACUCUGUUGUGGGUGGAGAGAGAGAUUGUAAGCAGUGGAAUGUGUUGAACCAGUUGGUAUAUUGUUACACACAUACAGGCUUCGGAGGUUUUGAAUUUACUUUAUUUUAUCUCUUUUCCAAGUUAGUACUGACAUAGCUUAAUUAAAAUGCCAAUAAUUUAUAUGCAAAAGUGUAUGUUAUGUAGCCCUUUUGUUUAUGCUUUCAUAUUGGGUGAGCCAAAAUGAUUUCUGAGUAACAGCUGAACACAUUUUAAAACAAGGGACAUGGAGUGAAAAGAGGAAGAAGCUAUGUGUACAGGGUUAGGCUUAUAGGCCUACCUAUAAUGAGGUGUGGCUUUGUGUGUGACCGAGAGUGUGUGUGUGUGUGAUUGUGUGUGUGUUUGUGUCUUUGAUGGUCAAUAUACACAGAUAGGACUUUGGGUGCCCAAGUGCUAAAUUGAUGACUACCAGCCUUACAACAGCUUGCAGUUAUCUAUCUGUCAGCGGACCCAUACCUCUAAGUGCUAAGCUAUUCUGCUCUUAAGGGCACUGCAUUGGGGACCAAUUUUGUGUGUAUGCAUGUGUGUCGCCAGCCUGUUUCCCUGUGCAUUUUGGCAUUUCCUCUCCACUCCAUCCUGUCACCGAUAUCCCUUUGAACUAAAACUGCAGCCAUUUUUGACAGGGGCGCAAUUUUCCCAUCUUUUUCUAUCAUACUAAUAGAUUCUGACCAAUCUCAUCAAUUGAAGGUAUCUGCAUUCUCCAAAAAUGUGUUGAUUUUUGGAGAGUCCAAAAAUCAGACCCUGUUAGGGCUGAAUCGGAGAGAUGAGUAUAGUUGCUCUGUAAUGAAGCAAGGAAGUGAUUUGAUUGGUUCUGAAUUGAUGAGUUUGCAGAAUUGGGAAAAUAGAGUCCAGGUCAAAAUGUCUGGAGUCGGGCUUUAAUUCUGCACCAUUUUUGAAAAUGUGAUGCCUUUCAAGAGUUUCCAACUUUUUCCUGUUUUUGAAAUGAAUGAGGAAAAACAAGCUUUGCCUUGCUGUUGCAUCAGUGCUGUCAGACGUCUCUAGUAAUGGUUUAUGUCCGAGUGGCUUCAGCUGAGGAGGUCCAGCCUUAGCCCUUAACAGGACGCUCAGCUACACUCUGGUGCUUUGGCUUCAACAAGCGCUCAACCCUCCCCUUCCCCUCAGCAUUUGCUUCUCUUCUCCACCUGACUCCAUCUACCCCCAAUCUCUCUUCCCUAAUACAAUCCACAGAGAAACUCCCCAGAAGAGUCAUUGAAGUGAAUGUUAAGUACAGACGGUGUUGUCAAAUAGUUCUGUACAAGAACUGAAGAUGAAACUCUUGGCCGACGAUGACAGCCCCCGCUCACCCUGCUGUGUUUGGCGUAGAAUGGUGUAUCAUUGCUUCUGUUGUAGAGUGCGUACUCAAAGCUUUAUGUCCCUGUCCAAAGUUAAUAAUCACAAAAUUUAGAGGAAAAAUCCACCCUUGGAUCCACUUCCAUUGUUUCGUAUCAAUUUGUGAUGUUCAGUUCGUCUCAGGUGUUUUGUGAUGAAGUGUGGAAAUUUACUAUUUUUCUUGUAUCGACUUUCCUUCAGUCUGCCUCGUCUGCUUUAUUUCCUACAUUUCCCAGCAUCCCUUUCAACAACCCCCAGAUAUGGAGCAUGAGCAGUGAGAAGUGGGCGUGUGACAGAGGUCUGUCUAGCCAACAGACUAAUUAGUGGACUCUGAUUGUGGCCACGCCCCUUAUCCAGAACAUGUUGCGGCUCCAUUGCAUUCCUGUCAGUAGAGUAAAUAAGUGGAGAAAUCUUAAUGUCUGCCUCUGCUACCAUGGUUUUCUCCCUGCAUGAUUGUAGAAUGGGGGUGGGGGGUGACUCUUGAAUGAAGCCUUCUCUUUCAUUUUCUCUUUGAUUUUUAGGGUUUCUGAUGGACACCAAAACCUGACGUUCACUGCUGAUGUUUUAAAUGCAUGGCUGAAAAAAAAAAAAAAAAAAAAAAAAACUUUUAAACUCCAUUGUUUUUCCACUUGAAACCUCUGGAGGUGACUUCAUGUCCAGAUUUGGCUGGGUUAUCCAUGGAAGUAAGACAAACAGAAAAUGAAAUGCAAGACGCCUCACCAGUUGCUGUUCGUACACAACGCAAAAUUCUUCCGGGGUGGAUUUUUCCUUUAACAAUUGAACAAUUUUUUGGAGACUUUGGAGAAUCCUAAACCCAAGAAUGGGCAUGACUGACUUACGUAAUGCAAGGGGGAAGUCUCCAACACGACUGACUUGGAUUUGACAAUAACUGCUGGUCAUCAGUGUGAUCUAGUGAUGUCUUAAAGGGAAUAGUUUCGGUGGUAGAGGGGUGCAGGAAUGAGGGGCGUGGCCUUGCAGGCAAAGAACAAAGAUGGAUGAAGUGGAAGAUGCUCAAUAAAGCUGUGAUCUCUCAAGCAC